GGGCGGGGCUGAAGCUACGGGAGCUGAUAGUGGGGGGCAGUAGAGGGAAUACCAACCUGUGGAAUCUUGGGGUUACCCGAGGCUGGCUCCUUCCCAUUGGCUGUGGACGGUGCAAGGGACAGAGCCUCUGGCGGCUCGUGGAGGUGUUGGGGUCCGCAGGGUGAGGGAAGGGAGUGUCAGAGUGUGAGUGGGGAAGGGAGUUCCAAACUUAAAUCCUUGAAGCCCUCGGGGCUCAGGCGCGGGGGAGAGGGAGCUCGGGCCGCCAUGCGGGACAGGACCCACGAGCUGAGGCAGGGAGAUGACAGCUCGGACGAUGAAGACAAGGAGCGGAUCGCGCUGGUUGUGCAGCCGGGCCCGGCCCGGCGGGAGAGCCCGGACGACGAGUUCUUCCAGAAGGUCAGGACAAUUCGGCAGACUAUUGUCAAGCUGGAGAGUAAAGUCCGAGAGUUGGAGAAGCAGCAGGUUACCAUCCUGGCCACGCCCCUUCCCGAGGAGAGCAUGAAGCAGGACCUGCAGAACCUGCGCGAGGAGAUCAAACAGCUGGGGAGGGAAAUCCACACACAGCUGAAGGCAAUAGAGCCCCAGAAGGAGGAAGCUGAUGAGAAUUGUAAUUCAGUCAACACGAGGAUGAGAAAAACCCAGCAUGGGAUCCUGUCUCAGCAAUUCGUGGAGCUCAUCAACAAGUGCAACUCAAUGCAGUCUGAAUACCGGGAGAAGAAUGUGGAGAGGAUUCGGAGGCAGCUGAAGAUCACCAAUGCUGGGAUGGUGUCUGACGAGGAGCUGGAGCAGAUGCUGGACAGCGGACAGAGCGAGGUGUUCGUGUCCAAUAUACUGAAGGAUACGCAGGUGACCCGGCAGGCCCUAAAUGAGAUUUCAGCCCGGCACAGCGAGAUCCAGCAGCUUGAACGCAGCAUCCGUGAACUUCACGAGAUCUUCACUUUUCUGGCUACUGAGGUGGAGAUGCAGGGGGAGAUGAUCAACCGGAUUGAGAAGAACAUCUUGAGCUCAGUGGACUAUGUGGAACGUGGGCAGGAGCAUGUCAAGACAGCCCUAGAGUACCAGAAGAAGGCACGGAAGAAGAAAAUCUUGAUUGCCAUCUGCGUGUCCGUCACUGUCCUCAUCCUGUGUGUCAUCAUUGGCAUCACCAUAGCGGUUGGAUAGCGUCCCACAUUCGGUACCGGGAGCACCAGGAACUUAGGGCCUGGCCUUCUCUCCCAGCAGCUGAGGGACAGGGCAGAGCCUCCAGCCGGACUCCCCUGAACUGGCCUCUGUGCAGAGGAGCAGAUGGUUCUUCUGGAGUUGGCAGCUGCCCAUUCAUGAGGGCCUCCCCCACUCAGGCCACAAUACCUAGAGGGCCUGCAGCGUCCUCUUUGGCUGGGACAUGUGGUUUUGUAAGAAAUUAAAAAGAAAAAAGA